AUGUUUGGCAGAACUACCGCCCGCAUAUGUGACCUAGAUAGCUUCGGGGCAUAUGUGCCAGAUGCCUUGCGACAUUAUUACUAUCAAUACCUUUCUUCCACUUCACAGGCUGCUGAGGAGAAAAUUGCCAUGCUCAGAGAAAAUGAGUCAUUGAAAAAGGUCUGUGACAAGCUGAAUCGUGAAAAAGAGAAAUUACUCAAAAACAAAGAUUUUGUUGAUAAAACUUUAGAAGCCCUUCAAAAAGAUCUCAAGGAGAGGGAUAACCAGAUGCAAGAGUUGAAGCAAUCUUGGGAGCUCCAGCGAAAGGAACUUAAUGAUUGCAGAAUUGAAAUCACUUCACUGAAAAUGCACCUAGAAGGAUAUCGCUCUGGACGGAGCAUGAUUGCUAGUGAUGUUGAUUCUAUUCAAUCCCAGUCCUUGGAGAAGUACAAGGAAGAAAUAACAGCAUUGCAGAUGGAAAUAGAAAGCUUGAAGGCAAAAAGCACAAAACCUCCCGAAUCUUUAAAUCCCAUCAAUUAUGAGGAAGAGUCUAUGCAGACAGAAGAUAAAGUUGUUGAGAUACAUGAAGAUAAAACUAUAAUUUCUCAUCCACGCAAUGUGGUUGGAGUGUUAGGCAAUGAAGAUGUUCCAUCACCAGUGACUAGCAACACUGGUAACCCUGAGGGAAUUUUGUCAGAUUUGGUGAGAAAUCAUUCAAAUGGAGAUAUUAAUAUUGAAAGCAGUCAAAGAAGCUCCAAAGAAAAUGGUGAACGACCAUCAGAAGAUGGUGGAAUAGACAUGAAAUUGGACAACUUAAGUGUUGAGGCUACUGCUGAAAACACGGGUUUAGAAACAAUUCAGAUACUUGCAGAUGCAUUGCCCAAAAUUGUUCCUUAUGUUUUGAUCAAUCACCGGGAGGAGCUUCUUCCCCUAAUGAUGUGUGCAAUUGAGCGUCAUCCAGAUAGUACUACUCGAGAUUCCUUGACCCACUUAUUGUUUAAUUUGAUAAAACGUCCGGAUGAGCAGCAGAGAAGAAUCAUUAUGGAUGCCUGUGUUACCCUAGCGAAAAAUGUAGGAGAAAUGCGGACAGAAACAGAAUUGCUUCCCCAGUGUUGGGAACAAAUAAAUCACACAUAUGAAGAGCGUAGACUGCUUGUUGCUCAAUCUUGUGGAGAGCUUGCAGAGUUUGUUCUGCCUGAGAUCCGUGAUUCUCUAAUUUUAUCCAUUAUGCAACAACUGAUAGAAGAUUCUGCAACUGUUGUUCGAGAGGCUGCUGCGAGUAAUCUGGCUUUGCUGCUCCCACUCUUCCCGAAUGUGGACAAAUAUUUCAAGGUUGAGGAGAUGAUGUUCCAAUUGGUCCGUGAUCCCUCUGGAGUGGUGGUGGAAACUGCACUUAAAGAGCUACUUCCUGCAGUAAUAAAAUGGGGAAACAAAUUGGAACACAUUUUAAGAACUUUGCUUUCCAACAUCUUGAGCUCUGCUCAGCGCUGUCCACCUCUUUCCGGGGUUGAAGGCUCAGUGGAGUCACAUUUACGUGUUCUAGGGGAACGAGAGCGCUGGAAUAUUGAUGUCUUUUUGAGAAUACUGAUGGAAUUGCUUCCCUUUGUGCACCAAAAGGCAAUUGAGACUUGUCCGUUUUCUUCAGUACCAGAGUCAAAGGAUGGAUUCUUCUCUCUGUCAUUACUUGAAUUAUAUUCAAAGGGACAUGUUGACUGGCCUGCAUUUGAGUGGAUGCAUGUUGAUUGCUUUCCUGAUUUGAUACAGCUGGCCUGCAUGUUGCCUCAAAAAGAAGACCAUUUAAGAAACAAAACGACAAAGUUUUUGCUGGCUGCAAGUAAACACUUCGGGGAUCUCUAUCUGGUACACAUAAUGAUGCCAGUGUUCUUGGUAGCAGUUGGGGAUAAUGCUGAUCUUACAUAUUUUCCGUCUACCAUUAAUUCAAAAAUCAAAGGUUUGAGGCCAAAAACUGCUGUGGCUGAGAGGCUUGCUACAAUGUGCGUUCUGCCACUCCUUUUGGCAGGUGUUCUAGGUACUCCCAGCAAGCAUGAACAGUUAGCAGGCUACUUGAGAAGGUUGCUAAUUGAAGGCAGCCUAAAAGAGAAUCAGUCAAAAAAAACCAGUGUGGAGAUUAUCGGUGCUGUCCGCUUUCUUUGUACUAUUGAACAGCACCACAGUAUGAUAUUCAGUAUUUUGUGGGAAAUGGUUGUUAGUACCAAUGUUGAUAUGAAAAUCAAUGCUGCCUUUCUGGUGAAAGUCAUAGUGCCAUACAUUGAUGCAAAAGUUGCUUCUACCCAUAUUUUGCCUGCCUUAAUCACUCUUGGGUCUGAUCAAAACCUGAAUGUGAAGUAUGCGAGCAUAGAUGCAUUUGGAGCUGUGGCACAACAUUUCAAAAAUGACAUGAUUGUUGAUAAAAUACGUGUUCAAAUGGAUGCUUUUCUUGAAGACGGAUCCCAUGAGGCUACCAUAGCUGUUGUCCGUGGUUUACUGGUAGCAGUACCUCACACGACAGAGAGACUCAGAGAUUACCUACUGUCCAAGAUUUUUCAAUUUACUGCCGCACCAGCAUCUGCAAGUGAUGUCAUGCGUCGCCGUGAGAGAGCUAAUGCCUUCUGUGAAUCAAUACGUGCCUUAGAUGCUACAGAUCUUUCUGCGACUAGCGUGCGGGAAUACCUGCUACCAGCCAUACAUAACCUGUUAAAAGAUCCGGAUGCAUUAGAUCCAGCACACAAAGAAGCUCUAGAGAUAAUAAUGAAGGAAAGAUCAGGUGGAACUUUUGAGGCCAUUAGUAAGGUGAUGGGCGCACCUCUUGGGAUCGCAUCAUCAGUCACAAGUUUCUUUGGAGAAGGUGGGCUGUUGGGCAAGAAAGAACCUGUAGACCAUCAACCACCACAGCCUGAGACCCCAAAAACAGAGCCACCUGCACCAGCCGAAGAUACGAGAUUCAGGCGUAUCAUGCGGGGUAAUUUCACAGAGAUGCUCAGGGGUAAAACAAGGGGUCCGGAAGAAGCACAGCAAAAUCAAUAAUUUUUAUAGUUAACCAAUUAUCUCUGUUGUGGUCUCCUACGUGUUUGAUUUUAUUCCUAAUGCAUGAAGCAGAGUUGUGACCACCUCAACACCAUAGGCAAUAACAUUUUUAUCCCCCAA